UUUGCUCUGCAAGCCUUUUGUAUUAGGCCAUUUUCGUGUUCUCUCAAGCCUCUAUUUCAAAGCGAGGCGAAGUACAAAGCCAUUGAUAUGAAAACGAUUUUUAUUAUCAUGCAAAUGUAACAAAUAUAACGGUGGUCUACAGUAAAAUAGGAUAUGCGUUAUGGUAAUCGGCAAGAGUUUAAUUAGUAAUACAAUGUGAUUUGGCGAUAUACGUGAAUGUCUUAACCUGAUUUUUCUUUUAUACACACGUACUUUGCAGAACAGGCGUUAUUUAUUUUCGCGGGGGUUCAAGUGAGCGAAGGCAAGCGAGAAGCGCGAGACUAGGACGACAGAGGAAGGCCUUGUCUUGCGCCCCACGCCCACUUCGUGUUUAUUCGCGCGAUAAACGUAAAAAAAAUAGCGUCUGUUCAUGGGUGCGUGUGGGUAUCAAGAAAAUCAACGCGGACGUGUUACACUUUGCGAUAUAAUGUUUUACUUGCAAACACUGUAUAACUUUUGAAUCCAAAAACGGCUAUCAUGUAGUGGUUUUAAGGCAGUUGUGUUUCCGUUUUGAGGUUUAUUCAUAAUUUCAUCUUAUUUUAGUUCUUUAAGUGGGCGGAUGAAUACCAAGCUAAUAAAACUGGAUCAAAAGAAGUAGGUCAAAAGCCUUCAAGUAAACUGACUGUUUCAUCUCCUGACAGCCUUAUGUCUUUCCUGAAAAGCCACGUAAGUUGAAACAUUUUUUGGUUGUUCAGAGCAGAGUGUAAUACUGUGGCUUUUUUUUUCUGGCCUUCGCUGACCCUGAAUGGUUUCAAGUAGCUGCAAAAUAAUAAUGUUAACGAUGACGACAACGACUAUGGUAUUGAUGAUGACAGUAAUAAUUAAAUCUAUAAUCUAAAGCAUUAAACGACUCUUGCGUUGAUUUCAGAAUGUAGCGUUUUACUGCGAAUGCCGUCUGAUAAGGAAGCAUACGGAGAGUGGAGGGAAGUUUGGGGCCGCAAAAUUUUUUGCGUCCUCUUUUUCUGCGGUUUAAAUGUUUCUUUUUGCGCUUAGAACGGGACGAACGGCUGCCUUGCUUACGCUAAGACAAAUAUUAUAGCAUUUGACACACUCACACAAACCCACGACCUAGCUUGUACCUAACUCAUGCGCACAGCCAUAUCACCCGGGCGGUGGCAGAUAAGACAGCUGUUUCGACGUUAUCAGGGCUCAUCAGCAUGGCGUAGCCAUCAAACCUUAUCCAAGUAAGGUUUCAAAAGAAAGAUCGACUAAGUGAAUCGAAUGUUUUUUCCACGGCAUAUUUCAUUGCAUUCAUGAAUUAAGAACGUAUUCUUUUACAGAAGUGGGGGAAACAGAGAAACAGUGAUCUUGAAAACAACAAGAAAGGACUUUACCUGGAACUACCCCGAAAAGAGCAUUCGUCGACUUACUCAAAGGGUGAGUUCAAGCUACCACAGGAGCAGUAUACUUAAGCGCUACUUUGAUGCGCUUAUACAAUAGUUGGAUUCUGAUUAAACCUGAUACUGGUAUCGUCGACAAUAGGCAGAUUUAGCGCGGGAAAAGUUUGAACGAUGUUACUUAAUUUGCCGCUCUGCCAUCGGUCAAUUUGGGUUAGAUCUGCGCACGCGCCUUUGUCGCUUAGCUUAAUGUGUUAUAUGACUUAAGAAAGAUAAGUCUCCCCACCCGAUCAGUCCACGCUUGUUCGAGAAACCUUUACACAGUCAACUGUUCCUAAGACAAAUAUCGUUGGGACAGGCGCUAAAUAUUUAUGCCAGAGAGAUAUUUGCCUUGUAAGGAGUCAAGGAAAAGGGCUUAAUCUGCAGGAAUAAAGCGACAAACUCCCAAUGUCCGGUUUUAAGCGAUGCCACUGUGGACAAUUCGUAACUACCAACAGAGCGUUUCAACAUUGUUACGACAUUGUUUCGAAUUGUUUCAACAGUGUUCCAACAAAUUGUACAGCCCGGAAAAUCGUCGUUGUUAAUCGUCUCAUGUAACAUCACCUUUAGUCUAAGGUUUUAGAAAAAAAAGGUGUCUGUUAUGAUAGCUGUAUGUAGCUUGUGCAUCAUUAUUUGUAGAUGACUUCUGGAUCAUAUCAAAGAAGCUUUCUUUUGAUCAAGAGUCAACAUUCAUAGCAAGCAGUGUUUACUAUGGUCCGUCCUCUAGUGGAGAGCUAGAAAUCACACCAAUCAGGUUUGAAAUCGCUUUCUUUGAGUGACUGUAAAAACACUAUUUAAAAGGUCGAUGACCUAAGCUUUACACCUUAACGUUGUUGCAUCCUUGAACGCAUACUAGCUGGGAUCUCAGUCCUGUACUACGAGUAGUCCCUAUUUUUCCUCAGGGAUAGUAGAGCGAACGAAACUCAAGCGCGUGUGAAGAUCACUUUCACGCGCGCUCGCGUUUCGCUCGCUCUACUAUCCCUGAGGAAAAAUCGGGACUACUCGUAGUCUACCUCAGUCCUUGGUGGGUUCAACCGCGCUGUGCAGAGCUUGGGUGUAAGAUAAGACGAAUUCCAACGCUUGGCCCUCCAGGUUGGGAAUGGGCCGCGAUGGGUUAAUGAUCUAUCUGCAAAAAGGUCUCAGUACUGAAACCGGACAGACUUUUUAGAUAGAAAUGUGGAGGCCUUAUGCGCAACAGAGCAGCAGAUCAACAAAAGGCCGACGACUGACAUAAACCUCAAAUAAAGAUGAACCAUUUCUUUUAGAUAAAAAAUAACCCACCUUUGUAAUACGCACAUCUUCAAAAUGCGGACAUGAAAAGUUCUGUCCUUCGUAAAAGUAAAAUUGCUUUUACUUGUUUGGUGUAGAUGAGUAUACCACCUUGUCUCUCCUCUGUCAAAUUGGUGAGUGUUCCAUAAAUAAUGGGAAAGCAGUCAGUCUUCUCAGUCUAUCUCCUCCACAGGCCAGGUUUCCAAGGCUUAGUGGGGAGCACGUGGCAAGCGAGAAGCGCGAGAGCUGGAGACAAGCGAGAAACGCGAUAGGGGGAUGAUGGAAACGAGCUUUCCUUAAUAAUUUAAAAUUCAAAUAUCCCCCAAAAAGUGAUCGCGAGCGACUGGGGACGAGGUAGCUUUGUUAGUUGACUCAAUUAUCUUGUUUGGAGUCAAUUCCUCUAUAAGCAGAAACAAAAGAAAUCAAGACAAGGCAAUUAAAUUUAGCUGUCUUCUAUGAUUCAUUGGGGAUAUAUACUUACCAAAUCAUCUUUGGGUGACCACCUUUUAACCAAAGGCAGAGGUAGCUCGACUGUUGGAACUCUAGUCUGUUGAGCGAGAAGUCGUGGGUUUCAUUCCCAGGGCUCGGUCAUGACUCAGGUUUUCAAAACAACCCGAGAAAAAUGGGCUGUUUUGCUGUGCAACCCGCUAAACCUUCGCUUGGUUCAUAUGACCACGUAGAAAUGAUGGUCCCGUCUCCAGUAAAGGGUACCUCGCGCUUACACAUUCACCCUGUUUUUUUUCUCACAUCAGUGUUCUUAAAAUAAACUGUUAAUCGUGCUUUUUGUUUUUUUCACAACAACUACGUGUUUUUUAUGUCCUAACAUUUCAGUGGUUAUUCGCCUUCAAACUGGACAAGUGGAGGUAAGUCCCCAGGAACUAAUUAGACAAUCCAAUAGUCGGUUUUUUACCUUACGUUUACUCGAAGGACAAACAAAAGCAAAUAUUUAAAAACGACGUGGGACUUGCAAAAAAUGACCAAGGUUUUUUGGACAAUUAUGGCACAACACGACACAUGCACAGUUCAUAUCGUGUAUGAAGCACAUUCAAUAUUCCUUUUUUUAAUGUGUGUCGUUUGUUACUUUUUCAUUGUUUUAUAUGUUUAACACAGAAAUCGUUCAUGCAUUGAUGGCUUGCAAUGCUGGCACAGAACUGACCUGUAUCAGUAAUAUUGAGCAACAUGUCAAACAACAGAACAUGCCCGUACUAUCUUACAUUCUACAAAGGUGGGUUUAAUCCCGAAGAAUUUCCUCUUUCGAAAUUGUACUGAACUGUAUUCUAAUACAUAUAUUUAGCCAAGCCUAAAAGCGGAGCUCCCGAUUUCAAUACAAUAAUGAUGAUGAUGAUGAUCGUUUUAUUCACACUGGUGCACAAUACGAUAUAACCUAGUUGUAAAUACUGAUAUCGGCCAGUCGGUAUCGAGAUGUAGUCUACCACGCAGCCAGAUCGGUGGGUUAUGCAUAGUUCAGAUGUUGAAGCUGCCUAUAAUGUCUGCUUUUUCUUAUUAUUGGGCUGCCUGUGGUAAAUCCUUAUCUAGUUAUGGUACACUACUAAAGGAUGGUUCAAACGGCUGUGGGUGAGAGAUUUUUUAUCACUCUUAAAGGGCUGCUACCCUUGAAUAGCCAGUGUGUAUACUCUUGGCUCACGGAUUGAGGGUUAGUAGGGAAAGAGAGAUCGCUUCUUUUUCCCAUCUCCCUUCGUCAAGAUCUUACCCUCGAGCUAACCCAUAUUCUUCAAAUCAGACUUAACCUUGUGUGUAAUUCUGGAUCUGCAAGACCUGGUAUUAUUAUAUGGCUGAAUCCUCGAGCAGGCGAGAUAAAGUGAAUCCUGCGCUUUGAUUAGCUACCCGCGCAGGUAAGAUGGGCCCAUCUUUCCGGCCCGGGAUAUGCCGCGUUUGGUCCCGCAAGAAAUAGGUUUCUUGUAAACCAUACAAUAAAUCCCUUAUUGACCAAUCUCCUUCGGUCAAUAUGGCUGUAUGUUAAACUCUUUCUUUUGUUGCGUUUUUACUGACCUCGACUUCUUUCCGGUCAAUAAAUGCGCAAAGAAGAACUUGGCCAAUAUCCAGCCAUAUUGACCUCACGCUUGGUCAUUAACGCAUAUAUUUGUGUGUGAAAGGUGAAUUCUACUGUUACCAGUCGUUUUGAUACAAGGUCAUUUCGCUACAAGGCUUUUGGAUACAAGUUUACUCACUCGAGUUGAAAAUAGUUUCACGCCCUUGGCUUAAAGAACGAAGAAAAUUUACAGAAAAUGUUUUUCUUGUUCAUGCGCAAACUAUUCUGGAAGAGAACGUGUAAUUUACUGCUUAAGUUCGUGUCGAAACGACUUGUAUCGAAAUGACCGGUUACCGAUUCUUUUACCUUGGAAUUUUGUAUAGCCCAAGUGUUGUGUGACUAAACCUGGGUACAGGAACGUCACAAUAAAAGUACUAUGCAGAAUGCAUAGUUUGUUUUCUUGUGAUCAUGUUGCAGAGAGCAGACAGUAGAACCAAACGUACGAACCACAUCUCGAACGUCAUCCUUUGUUCCCCCGAGGUUAACAACUUGCAGUAACCAACUGGAUCUUCCAUCAGAAGUAACGGUAAUUCAGCUUCUUUUACCUCCUGUUGUUGUAAUGUUUUUAAUUGUUUCGACAUAGUUUUACAAUGAGUCUCUUUCUUUUGUUCUGUUUGCAUGCAGGAAAGCUUAGCAGAGGAAAUGAUAGCUCGGUUUGAUUUAAACAAGGUACGUCGCGAAUGCUUACUUUCCAUAUUACCAUUAACAUCUUAAUAUUAUAUAUACCAAGAGUGUGCUUUUUUUAAUUAUUAGAGAUGCAGAUCACCUUAUUGUUUCUUUUCUCUUUUCUUUUUCAUAAACACCAUCAUUCUUAGUUAUCUCCUUAUAAAUUUGAUAAAGAAUGGACACAGUGCUCUAGAGCCUCAAGUUUGUCUUCGUGGAGCUGGAUGUCUUUAAGCUGCAAUAAAACGCGCAACAAAAACGUGCAGAACGAGUUGAAUAGCGAUGUUUGCCUUUUACCACCCACGAAUCAAACCUGUCAGGCAACAAAGCAGAGAAAACUUUCUGAUUUUGUGAUUUAUUCAUAUCUAUAAGGCAAAGCAUUUACAGCAGUUGAAGGUAGGGAUGUGAAAGGGGUACCAUUUUUCGAUAGAGGGUACACGAAGGGGGUUCUUUUUCUCUCAAAAAUGCCGUAUAAAAGGGUAAGGAGUUGGACCUCGGAGCGGAGCCUCCCUGAAGAAAACUUUGUCGAGUACCCGCCGGGUAUGCGAACAUAGGAUACUAAGUGGUUACAGAGGUUCAGUCAUUUUUUCGUCAUUCUAGGACCAAGCAACCGCUCUUCUGUCAUGUGCAAGAAUGUUCAACUCGUCAGUGGAUAUAACCUCUCCCUCCCCACCAGUUUGUCUGAUUCACGGUAAGUUCACACUUGUACUUCAUUUCGCCUUGCCGUCUUGCCGUCGCUGUUCUAUAUCUAGUAGAGUUAUUUAA